GCAAUGGAACUAUUGACUUUGCUGAGUUUCUCACAAUGAUGGGAAGAAAGAUGAGAGAACCGGAUUCAGAGGAUGAAAUCAGGGAAGCAUUCAAGGUGUUCGACAAGGACAACAAUGGUUUUAUCUCGGCGGCGGAGCUACGGCACGUGAUGACCAAUCUUGGCGAGAAGUUGACGGACGAGGAGGUGGACGAGAUGAUCAGGGAAGCUGAUGUGGACGCCGAUGGACAGGUUAAUUAUGAAGAAUUCGUCAAGAUGGUGACGUCAAAGUGACCACAUCUAUCCAAAAAUUGUACGAUCAUUGAACGCCAUUAUUUUGCAUUUCUUUCAUUAUCCAUUUUCACAAUCAAUAGUUUCGAAAUUGUGUUGACCCCGUACGCAUCAAGCUUGUAUUUUAAUAAAUAAAUACACUUUUUACAAACUG